AUGUCAACCUCGGACGAGAUCUCGCCAUUACUCCCAUUGUCUCCAGAGCUUCUUCCGUCCCAAAAGCAUAAUCAUCGUCGCAAUUCGUUCGAAGCUGGAUUUCCACUUAUUGUUUCCAAAAAGCUUACUAAUGUACGAGAUUCCAAGCCUGCAUUAACAACUUGUGCGUUGCUGCAUCUAUGGAUUGGUCGCAAUUGUGCCGUGCCGUUCACACUUCUAAUGUCGGCCAUUGGUGCGGGUACAUUAUCAGUUCCCUUGACGUUUGUGUUAUUAUCGCCUUUCCAAGCACUUUCAAUCUUAAUAUUUGUGGGAAUGGCGAUGGCAUUUACAGCUGAUACACUUGUGGGUAUAUAUGUGGUAGUCGCAAUGAACAAUAUCAGUGAUUGGCGGACAAAUCGAGAUUCGUAUCAGUUUUUAGCAUGGAAAGCUGGUGGCAAAUUAAUGGCUCGACUGACUGGAGCUUUGACUGCAUUUGCAGUCUUUGGAGCGUGCGUUGGCUGCAUAUGCGUGGUAAAAGACAUGGCACCGAUAAUGUUGUCUGCAUUGAUAUAUAAUUUUGAACAGAAAAGUUUGGAGGAACGGCAACUAGCAGUGAAAAUAGCAGUUUGGGCUGUUAUGUUGAUUGUGUUGUUACCACUUGGAUGUCUAACAAAAAUCUCAGCGCUGCGUUUUUCAUCAUAUUUGGGAGUCGCCUUUUCGAUUUAUCUCGUGGGUGCAGUUGCUUACCGUGCUGCAACUGAAAGUACUGAAAAUAAUCGUUCGUAUGCUGUUGGAACGUCAGAGUCAGUGACAAAAACUGUUGCACCUUUGUUCUGGCGUAUUUCGGAGGUUGUGGGAAUCUACAAUUUCGCGUUCAUGCUACAUUUGAACAUUAUCCCGCUAUUUGCGCAGCUAGUAGCAGCUGAGAUGGCGAGAAAGAUUAAGGUGCUUAACAAUAAACUUGACGCUUUUGAAACUAAUAAGGCGAUGGUGACUGUGCUUGAAAGUGCUCAACUGACUAUGCAACGUCAUCUAAUUCUAGCUGUUGGAUCUUGUGUUUUACUCUACGCAAUCUUUGGUCUUUGCGCUGUGCAAAUCUACGGCCAUGAAACAUUGGGCAAUAUAUUGCUGAAUCUUUCAAACGAUGCUAUAAUGGAGGUACCUCGCGUGGCAAUUUUAUUGACAAUUUUGUUAUCUUUCCCACUGUUAUUUCAUCCAUUGCGCUCGUUGAUGCUUGAGAUUUAUGUCACUUGUCUCUCCAGCAAUCCUCACGAUGAAAGCUUCGAAGAGGUCGCGAUAGCUCCGCCACGAGCUGUGCAGGCCAUUGUGACUAUAUCUUUGGUGGUUGCUCAGGUAAUCUGCGCUUUGCGAGUGCCCGGGAUUCACGUGGUGUUUUCGUUUGUUGGUUCGAGUAUCUUGCUGAUGCUUUGCUACGUGUUUCCACUUAUCUUUUACAUUCGCCUUAUCCCCUGGCGCACAAAUCGUAAGCGUAUGAUACGAUUAGCUCUGCUGAUAUUUGUCUGCGUGAUUGCGACUCUAUUUUGUGUUGCAGCUACCCUUCAGGUUAUUACAUCGACAUGA